AGGUAUCAGUGUUGGUCAUCUGUGCCAUCGGCAACGGCGGCGGAAACUGCUGCCAGUUGCAGGGGUGACCUCCAGCCAUGAAGGCGGUAUUGUCUGCGUGGGCCGCGCUCUUGUUCAUCGCCUUGGCGACCGGUGGCGCUGUACGAGCCGACGAAGGUGCGAAGAAGGUGCUCCGGAUAAAACGUGAGGAUCAAUUCUGCGUCCUCAACUCGACCUUCCUGCUGGACUGCAACGAGUGUAUCUGCGAAAUGGACGGUUUGUCGGCGUCCUGUACAGCGAUGGAGUGUCCCGACCGUCGCCGCAGGGAUGUUUCGUGUAAGCCGGGAACAACAUUCAAACAAAACUGUAACACGUGCUUCUGCGGUGAGGAUGGGAAGUCUGUGAUCUGUGCCUCCAUUGGCUGCUCUGAAGGGAACAGCUAGCAUGGAACCUACGCUGUCUGACGCGCAACUUAUUAAAUGUUGUUUGUAGAUAUUUCUCAACGGACGCAUAUAGGACAUUACACAAGUCCAGAUGCAACAAGUAUUCCCCAAUCUAUGGCUUUCAUUUUAUAUAGCUGCUAUUUUUAUUGUAAAUAGAAGAAAUACGUUAAUCAAAA